GGAGCCAGUUCUUGGAGGAGACAGGGCACAGGACAUGGAUCACCGUGGGGCCCUUUUCUUCUGCCUGUGCCUCGUGACUUCUCACAGUGUGACUGUGGAGGCAUCCCAAGACCUCCUGCGCUGGAUGGAGGAAAUGGAGAUGGCCACCCAGAAGCGGAGCUUGACUCCUCCCCUUGCUGAGCUCAUGCGUGGCCUGGAGUGGAGGCUGCUGAAUGCCAGCUUCCCGGGCUACAACCUCACCUUGCAGACACACACCAUCCAGACCCUGGCUUUCAAGCUGGGCUGCGACUUCCCAGGCCUCUCGCUGAGCAGCACCACUCUGAAGCCAAUGUCCCAGGUGCGGGCUGGGCACGCCGUGCAGUUCCCCGCCGAGCUCACUCGGGACGCCUGCAGGACUGGCACCAAAGAGCUGUGACUUGUCUGCAUCUACCUCUUCACAGCCCACUUCUUUCAGAAGAAUACCAACUCACCUCUGCUCAAUAAUUAUGUCCUGGGAGCCCAGCUGGGUCAUGGGCACGUGAACAACCUCAGGGAGCCGGUCAACAUCAGCUUCUGGCACAACCAAAGCCUGGAAGGCUACAUGGCAACCUGUGUCUUCUGGAAGGAGGGAGCCAGCCAGCACCACUGGGGGGUCUGGAGCCCUGAGAGCUGUCGCACAGAGCAGCCCUCACCUUUCCAGGUGCUCUGCCGCUGCCACCACCUCAGCUACUUUGCUGUUCUCAUGCAACUGUCCCCAGCCCCAGUCCCCGCAGAGUUGCUGGCACCUCUAACAUACAUCUCCCUGGUGGGCUGCAGCAUCUCUAUCGUGGCCUCACUGCUCACUAUCCUGCGGCACUUCCAAGCGAGGAAGCAGAGCGACUCCUUGACAACCAUCCACAUGAACCAGCAUGCCUCUGCGCUGCUGCUGAACGUCACCUUCCUGCUGAGCCCGAGGCUGGCCGUGGCCUCCGUGCCUGGGUCAGCGUGCACAGUGCUGGCUGCCGUCCUGCACUUUGCGCUGCUCAGCUGCCUCACCUGGAUGGCCAUUGAAGGCUUCAAGCUCUACCUGCUCCUUGGGCGUGUCUACAACAACCACAUCCACCGAUACCUGCUCAAGCUCUGUGCAGCAGGCUGGGGGCUUCCAGCCCUCCUGGUGCUGUUCCUCCUUGUUGUCAAGAGCUCAGUGUAUGGACCCUACAUGAUCCCAGUCUCCGACAGCCAGGACGAUGGCGCGGGCUUCCAGAACAUGUCCAUGUGCUGGGUGCGGAGCCGCUGGGUGCACACUGCCUUGGUCAUGGGCUAUGGUGGCCUCAUGUCCCUCUUCAACUUGGUGGUGCUGGCCUGGGCGCUGCGGACCCUGAGCAGACUUCGGGCGCAGGAGAAGGCACUGCAUGCCCGGGCCUGCCGGGAUGCCGUCACCGUGCUGGGCCUCACCGUGCUGCUUGGUACCACCUGGGCCUUGGCCUUCUUCUCCUUUGGUGUCUUCCUGCUGCCCCAGCUCUUCCUCUUCACCAUCUUCAACUCAUUCUACGGUUUCUUCCUCUUCCUGUGGUUCUGCUCCCAGAGGUGCCACUCGGAGGCGGAGGUGGAGGCGGAGGUGGAGGCGUUCAGCACCUCCCAGACCAUGCUGUAGCCUGGACCUCCUGGCCCAGAGCCUCCAGCCUUUCUGUCGGCCUGCAGCCCGUGGCCCCAGCUUCUCCCAGAGAAGGUGGCAGGCCAGGUGCUGGCCACCAGAGGCCACUGCUCCCUCCAGGGAGGCUUUUACCCCUCCAUGGCUUUGCCAGGCCCAGAGGGCAGGUGCUGCUCCGUCUCCCCUGGCUUUCUGAACCAGAGUAGUUCCAGCCCCACUGCGGGGCAGCAAACUUUUCCCUGGUGCCUGGACCUGUCUGGCCAGGCCUGUGGGCAGUGCACUAGUCUGGGAGUCAGGAGGGCACAUUUUAAGCCAGGCUGUUU